UAAGCAGCAGGAGAAGAAGACAACGAUCCACCAACAGCGGAGUGUCAAAAAGCUGUCAGAAAUGACUUUAAUACCGCUUUCCCACUAAUGUGACCUAAGGAGACAUUAAAAUCCACCAUGGUGAAUUUAGGAGUAUGCUGUGCCAACCUCAAGGACAACAAAGCCCUGAUGAAGAUGGGGCUGGGGCUGGUGCUGGUGGGCCAUGUCAACUUUAUUCUUGCAGCGCUGGUGCACGGCGCCGUGCUCAGGCACAUCAACGUGCACUCUCAGGCCCGCACCAUGGUGUACGCCAUCUCUAAUGUCAUCGCUAUUGUGGCAGGCCUGGUGGGAAUCAUUGGUGGGAUUACUGCUAUUGUCCUAUCCAAAAACAAGAGGAACAGGAUCCUGCAGUGGGUCUUGUUGGUCAUUAGCUUCAUGGCAGGUCUCUUGGCGGUGGCCUGCACCCUGGCUCUGUCAGUUUCUGUAGUGAAAGCCAUUAGUAACAAAGGCUGGGGCCUGCUGACACACUGCAAGCAUUUUGAUAAGGAUGUCGGCUCUUCCAGCGUCACAUACGAAUGCCCCUUUGACCCCACCCGUAUCUAUGGGACCACAAUCAUUCUAUGGGUUCCUCUAAUCUUCAUGUCUGUGGUGGAAAUGGUGUUCUCCUUCCGCUGCUUCGCUGCCUGUACUUCAUUCCUCUACCUCUGUCCGUGCAGGAGGAGGCCGACCCGGGCCAGGAGGGUGCGUAUCCAGAGAGCUGUUGAGACAGCACCAUCACCCCCACCGCGAGAUCCAGAGAGCGACGCUGGAGCGGAGCCGGCAGAGCAGGACGAGCUGCUGGAAGACACUGCAGUGGCGCAAAGUGCAUGGCUCUGAUCCAGAGAAACCUAAUGGGAUAGGUUACAACCGCUUGGCUUAAAACAGAAGUUAUCUGUCAAGUUGUCAUGCAGAGUGUGUCUGUUACAAUUACAUGUCUGAAGAAGACAUUUACAGGACUUGAGGCUAUAAAAGCAAUGGCAUUUUAUUUCCCUAUUUUUCCAUAAAGGAGGAAUUUGUUUCUGAUAAAAAUACUACAAAUGGUUUGGUUUUAAAUGGUUGCAUUGUUUGUGUGUAUUGGAUUUUGUCUUUAAAAUACAGAGCACUGUCAGCUGUAUCGACAUUAAAAAGAUUUUUUUUUUUAAAUGUGUGAAUCGUUUCAUCGGACCAGACAUUUUAUGAAUCAUUAUUUGACAAAUGUUACAGAACAAACUUAUCUAAUUUUUUAGGGCAGUUUUUAUUGGUGUGAAAAGUGUGGUCAAAACAUAUUGGAGUCUGUCAGAUUUAAAUGACACUAACAAUUUUACUCAAGUACAAAUAUAUACAACAAAUUAUUUCUAGAGUUUGUCUUGCUUCCCAUUUUACAAAAUACUAUACUCU